AUGAGUUCAACUUCUGAAAUCAAAUUCAGGGUCGAACCAGAAUUUUGUGAUGUCGACUGGGAUUUGAAGGAGAGAUUGAUUCUGUAUGACCUCAACUUGAAGUACUUGCUGAGUGUUGCAGCAAAAAUCGAUGGUGUUGCCUGUGAUCAUGAAGUCACUGAUUCCACGGAUCGAAUGAUCCUCUCGGGCCCCAAGGCUGAUCUAGAUGUAUUCAAAGAAAGCAUAUCUAGUAGCCAGCGUGUCACUUUGUCUUUCUUGAUCCCAAACAGAUUACGUGGAAUCGUCAUUGGCUCAAGAGGUAGAUUGUUGAAGCAUACUUCGAGGAGACAUCUGGUAGAAAUAUUUGUUAGAAGGCUACAAUGGGACCCUUUUGGGAACCGCUUUGGCAAAAUUCGUGAACCUCGUCGUAACAUUGCCGUCCCUACUUUCCCCAAUGAUAAUGAUGACUUCUUCAAGUACCCUCAAACAGCCUCAGUCAUUGUGCAAGGCACUCUACAAAACUGUCUUAACGCAAAGCAUGAUAUCAUUGAUGAUAUAAAGAAGGCGAUCGAAAGAGUUGAAAUAAUGCUUGACUUCCCUUAUGAGUUGAAGCGGUGGAGUAAGUCUGUAACGGAGCCUGUCAUGCUGAAGUAUCCUGACAUACAGUUCCCUCUUUGCUCAUCAGAGGAGGGAGGAUUCUUACUCUUUACAAAAAUGGAAGUCAUGGUCGAAGUAGUUGCCUCGUUUCAACUGCAGUUGAAGGAGUUGCAGGGUAAUAUAGGUAUCUGUCUGGUACCGGUGCCACGAGCCCUUCACCAACUCAUGCCCCAGUAUCUUACCAGCUUUCCAGAUGUUGACUUUUAUUACCCGCCAGAGAUCGAAAAUUCUGACUACGAGGAACGUGGAAUCAAGUUGGCUGGUGAUCCCUCAGAAAUUAGCAGGGCUAGCAACUACUUAAUGCGCUUCUCUCAGAAGUUUGGUUUGUACGAAAUUGACCUCGUCGAUCUAUUCUCCCACGAUAUACGUGUCUUGAAAGCGGUAGUACACUUUUUGAGCAGGAAACUCGCCCGAUCUGAAAAAGUCCUCGUUUAUUACCCCUCGUAUGAACAUUUGUGUGAUAUCUCUAAACGCAAUGUGCCUAUUCAAAUCGUUGGACGUAAAGGACAAGAAAUGGAGCUAGCGAUCGAUCGAAUCAAUUCAAAAAUCAAAACCUUCUUGAAGAGAGAGAUAUAUCUCGUUACUGAUCUACCUUACUGCCGUGUCUACACAGCGCUCCAAAGUAAUUGGCACGAUAUUGAAUACUGCUCAAUGAUACGGUGGGGAAUCAUUUUCUGUAAAAGAAUUGAAACCCCCAAUGUGCUGGAUCAACUGCAGCUCGACUUGGUGAUGAAGAAAAUCAAUGAAGCCAAAGCACAUUCAGAACGGGAUUCCGAUAAUAUCAUCACCAUAUCCCCGGCGGAUCAAGCAGCCAUGUUGAAUUCUAACGGACAGUUGAUACCGGCGGUUUUGAAAAACUUUCCUGGAGCGUUCCUUAAUCCAGUAUAUGAGGUUGAGGGCAAAUUUGGUAUUGAGGUUGUGAAUGGAAGCAUUGCAAUAGUAAAACAAAUCACUAUUUCAGGGGUUCGGAUGCUUGUGAUGAAGGCUAGGGAACACCUUAUUGCAAAGGUCAAUAGUCUCAAGAAGGAAAGUGUGAAGCGUGUCAGACUUGCAUCUACAUGGCAGUGUAGAGCUCCUGGAUUUAACUUCUUGAGUUUCUCCAAGCUCCAGAAAACUUACAAUGUCAAUAUUCGAUUAUAUUGUGAAACAAUGAAAGGUGUCUGGCCUCAUCCUUCCCAGGAAGAUGAGAUUACCAUCCAGGGUCCUAGUGGUGCCUUUGAGAAGGUUGAGCAAGAAAUCGAUAGGCUUGUACAAUACGAAGCCGAUCAUUUUGAUUUCAUGACAUACGAGGUUCCAUUUUUCGCAAUUAAAAGGGCUAUCUUUGAACUAGAGCCGUGGUACAAAUCGAAGUUUGAGGGUUACGGUGUAGAGUAUCGCUGGGUUGAUGAAUAUGACGGCAGGUCGACUGGCACGUACAGGCUCGAAGCGUCCGGUUGCAAAGACAGGCUUGAUAAAUUGAGAGAUGAGCUCGAUUAUCAAAUUGAACAAGAAACCUUGAAUUACUCGGCUUUUUGUGCAAUCAUACAUGUUCCUGAUGUGCUUCAGCCUGAGCUCGAGACUUUUUAUCUCAGCGAUAUAUUUGAAGAUACUUUAUGGGGUGACGAAAGUGAAUUGUUGGAACAAAUUGGAGAGGACUUCAUGUUGUCAAUAGGUAACGAGCUGGCACUUGAAAAAGUCAUUCAAAGGAUAGAGACGUGGACUAAAAAGACGAUAGAGUUAGAUAGGAAUAUGGGUUUUGAUUUCAUCUAG